AUAUAACAAAAAGAACGACUACAUUAGUCCACAACACAACCUUCAUUAGGUCUAGAUCUACUUACACAAUAUUAUAGAGAUAUGCCAUUAUUACAGAUAGGCAAUUAUUAUACACCUGUAAAGUAAGCCGACGAUUUCUUUUAUUAUUUGUCACUGGUUUUAUUUUCUUCUUUGCCUAUUUAUGUGCGUCGUCACUAAAGUGAAAGUUAACUUCGACGGGUGUGCUGUUGUCUAGAGGAUUAAAGCUAACCAAUCGCUGCACGUAUGUCCUUUAAUGGUGCUGUGGAUGGGCACAUCGUAACGGAAACAUGCGUCAAAGACCUGCUUCUCUGUCAGUCAGCGUCAGACCUGGAGAUGGACAGGCUGUGUCUGUGUGUCGCUCUGACUGCACUCUUCUGUGCUGCUUCCUGUGGAGAGACAGGGGUCUCUGGAGCCGAGGUGGAGCAGAGAGUUAGACCAGGAGACAACGUUACUCUCCACUGUGACUGCAGAGUAUCAAUUGGGGUGUACGUAGUGUGGUACAGGAACUGCUCUCAUAGGAACCAGCCUACUCUGGUCAUGUCCACAUAUAAUAACAACAACAAAAACAUGUUCCUUAAAAAUGACCAACUUCUUAACCCCUUCCUUGGUUUUACUCUGGUGUGGAACCGGUCUAACAACACCUAUGAUCUCCUGAUUGAGAACGUGACUGAGUCUGACCUGGGACUCUACUACUGUGGAACUGUGGAGUGGACGAUGGGGAACACAGACAAGAUAAAAUGGGAGAAAAUCUAUCUUUAUGGAGAUAUAACCAUCAGUCUUUCAUUUGCGGAGCCCCCAGACCCUGUCUGCCCGGUGUGUUCACACCCUGAUGGGGACUGUGGUCUGAGCUGGGUCCUGGUGCUGCUGUCCAGAGCUCUGACUGCCCUCCUCCUCCCAUGUGCCUACUGGGUCGGAUACAUGCAAGGUGGUUCACAGCACACCUGCACACCCACCUGCUUGAUGGUUAACCCCUGGAUAGAUGUCACACUGUCAGAUUACUGUGUGCUAACUGAUUGGUGGACUUAAUAUCUCAGAAACCUGUUACUUUGUACAGAGACCUCGUUAUCUACCAGAACUAUUUACAAAAAAUAAUCUUGUUUGAUUUUGUACUGCAACUCUUCCCUGUCAUCAUAGCAGGAUGUUGUAUGUGGUAAUAGUUGUUUGUUGUUAAAAGCAGGAUCAUGGAGGAGGAGGAGGGAGGAAAUCUGGAAGAGGAGGAGAGACCAGACUGACCAGUUUUUCUCCAUGUCUCUCCAAUGAUCUCUCCAUCUGUGUGGUCACCACGACAACCACGACGAGACCGUGACAUGGUUUACUGUUUUUUUUAGGGGAAGUGUCUAACUUGGAAUGUCGCUUAAUCCUUUUUGUUGCAAAAUUUAGUUUUGUGUAGAGGAUGCAUUUUGUUAUCAUGCUUUUGGGCUUUGUAAUAAACCCCUGGAGAGACAGGAGAGACAUGGAGAAAGACUGGUCAGUCGCUCCUCCCUCCUCUUCCGUGAUCCUGCUUUUAACAACAAUCAACGAUGAUGUUAGUGAAUGAAUGCUGCCCCCUACAGGCUGGGAGAGUUAAUGAGUUGUACGAUGUACUGAUGAAUACGUUACAGUAAAGCUCCAGUCAUCUGAAUCAGCCUGGUGUUGUCUCGUUCUACUUUACUGAUAGUAUCUACAGUGCACCAGUGUCCAUGUUGACAGGUAGCAUGCAGACAGUGAGAAGCUGACAGUGCACCACAGGGUCCAUGUUGCAUGUCCAGGUCCAGGUAGCAUGACGGAGCUUGUGUAACCCCAUGGUGCCUGUUACAGUGGGAUACAGAGUGUGGAAAAUAUGGACGGGGUCCCUUUGCUUUAGGUAAGACCUACUACCUCUCUGUUGCUGCACUCAAACAGGCCUCAACCCGCACAGCAAAACAUUGUACCUUUGACACAUUCCAGUCUGGCUUUCA